GAGAGUUCGUGGGUCCUACGAGGCACGUGGGAGAAAGCAGUACCCUGACCUCAUGUCGCAUGUGGUCAGAAAACAUCGGAAUGAUUUUCUAGUUGUAAACUUUCCCAAAUCGGUUUAAUCAUCAAAUAUGCUCUUUAGAAAAGAAGUGCCAUGGCGGCGAUUGGAGGGCAUGUCUUUUGGCAUGUACUCUGCCGAAGAGAUCAGGAAGUUGAGCGUAAAGACGAUCACCAACUCAAGGAUGCUUGAUGGUGUUGGGAAUACGCUCCCAAAUAGCCUCUAUGACUUGGCCCUGGGACCAGCAGACAACAAAGAGACAUGUUCAACUUGCUGCCAGGACUUCAGCCACUGUCCAGGACACCUGGGACAUGUAGAGCUACCUCUUCCUGUUUACAACCCACUAUUUUUUGACAAACUCUACCUGUUGAUUCGUGGGUCGUGUCUGACAUGCCAAAUGUUAACAUGUCCACGGGCAGCCAUCCACCUACUGUUGAACCAACUGAAAUUACUGGACUAUGGAGCCUUACAGCAGGUUUACCAGAUAGAGGAAGUUUUCAGCCAGUUUCUGGAGGAGAAAGGAAAACCCACUGGUGACGAUAUUGCAGCGAAGUUAAAAGAGUUCACAGAUUCAGUUGUCACAUCUGAAAUCUCAGGAAACAGCAAGCCGAUAAAACACCUUGUCGAAAGAAAAGCCAGUUUAAUAAAUGAUUUCUGGAAAAUUCACAUGCAAAGUCGGAAAUGUCCCAAUUGCAGGAGCAAGCGGUUCACCAUCCGACGUGAGCACAACAGUAAGCUGAUUGUCACGCUGCCCCCUGACACGCAAAGCAUUCUCAAACCCGAUGGGGAGCUGAUGACUGGAGACAGAGCGUACUUGACUGCUAGUACUGCCAGAGAACACAUCAACAAACUGUGGAAGAAUGAAGGCUUCUUCCUGAGGUGUCUAUUUUCUGGGUUGGUGGUCAACUCCGGAUCAGAUGGAGAGGAGAAAGGUUUUUCUCCGGAUCUCUUCUUUCUGGAGCUGAUGGUGGUUCCACCUUCUAGGUAUCGGCCAAUCAAUCGACUGGGUGACCAAAUGUUUACCAACGGUCAGACGGUCAACAUGCAAGCCGUCAUGAAGGACAGUACAAUCGUAAGAAAACUGCUUUCUCUCAUGGCUGCUGAGAAAGAUACUGAGGAAGAUGAGUCCCAGGCAGCUGAAGCGGCAGACCGAUCUUUUCUCGCAGAGAUUCCUGGAACGACAUUAACGGAUAAACUUUACAACAUGUGGAUUCGCCUUCAGACCCACAUCAAUAUUGUCUUUGACAGUGACAUGGACAAAAUUAUGCCGGAAAAGUACCCAGGAAUCAGACAGAUCCUGGAAAAAAAGGAUGGAUUAUUCCGUAAACACAUGAUGGGCAAAAGAGUUGAUUAUGCUGCAAGAUCUGUCAUCUGUCCAGAUAUGUACAUCGGAACCAAUGAGAUUGGAAUUCCAAUGGUGUUUGCAACAAAGCUGACCUACCCACAGCCUGUCACGCCGUGGAAUGUGAAGGAGCUUCGUCAGGCUGUCCUGAAUGGGCCAAAUGUCCACCCAGGCGCCACUAUGGUCAUUAGCGAAGAUGGCAGGAGAACCAUCUUGUCACCAAGUAACUUUGCACAAAGAGAAGCGGUUGCUAAGCAGCUGCUCACGCCCUGUCCAGGUCCACACAGGAUGCCAAUGAAAUUAGUGAACCGUCAUAUUAAGGACGGAGAUGUCUUGUUGUUGAACAGACAGCCAACGUUGCACCGACCGUCAAUACAGGCUCACUGCGCACGCAUUUUGCCAGGAGAGAAGGUCCUGAGGCUCCACUAUGCUAACUGCAAAGCUUACAAUGCAGACUUUGAUGGAGAUGAGAUGAAUGCCCACUUCCCUCAGAGUGAGCUUGGUCGAGCUGAGGCCUACACGUUAGUCAGUACACACCAACAGUACCUUGUGCCAAAGGAUGGAAAGCCCCUGGCUGGCUUGAUCCAGGAUCACAUGGUUUCCGGUGCACGCAUGACAAUUCGAGGCUGUUUCUUCACAAGAGAUCAGUACACUGAGCUUGUGUACAGAGGACUGACUGACAAACCAGGCCGAGUCAAACUGCUCCGACCUGCAUUGCUCAAGCCACAGAAACUCUGGACAGGGAAGCAGGUGGUGUCCACCCUGCUGCUCAAUGUUAUUCCAGAAAAGGCUGUGCCUUUAAAUCUGGUCGGGAAAUCAAAAAUCCCCGGUAAAUCAUGGAUCCAAGUUCCCCCACGAGCGACUCCAGGAUAUCAACCUGACACCAUGUGUGACUCACAGGUGGUUAUCCGUCAGGGUGAAUUGUUAGUGGGCGUUCUGGACAAAGCUCACUACGGCUCCUCUGCAUAUGGUCUGGUCCAUUGCUGCUAUGAACUUUAUGGAGGGGAGACCAGCGGCAAACUGCUCAGCUGUCUGGCCAGGCUCUUUACUGCUUACCUUCAGUUAUAUCGAGGAUUCACGCUGGGCGUUGAGGACAUUCUUGUGAAACCUGGUGCCAACAAAAAGAGGAAAAGGAUUAUCCAAGAAUCACUGAAAAUCGGCACAAGGGCCCUCCAGGCAGCAUUCAACCUCCCCCCUGACGUGGAUGAGGCAGAGGCCAAGAGCCGUUGGCAGGAUGCUCAUCUCAACCCAGACCAGCGAGAUUUUAGCAUGGCUGACCACAAAUUCAAAGAAGUCGCCAACCAAGUGAACAAUGACAUUAACAAGGUGUGUAUGCCAGUUGGCCUCCACACGUCUUUCCCCGACAAUAACCUCCAACUGAUGGUCCAGUCAGGUGCCAAGGGUUCCACCGUCAACACCAUGCAGAUCUCGUGUCUACUAGGUCAGAUUGAGUUAGAGGGUCGUAGACCUCCACUCAUGCCGUCUGGAAAAUCACUACCCUGCUUCCAGCCGUAUGACCCAGCGCCCGGUGCUGGGGGUUUUGUUUCUGGGAGGUUCCUCACAGGCAUCAAACCACAGGAAUUUUUCUUCCAUUGCAUGGCUGGCAGAGAAGGACUCGUGGAUACUGCUGUAAAAACGUCCAGAUCAGGAUACCUGCAGAGGUGUGUUAUAAAGCAUCUGGAGGGUUUGGUAGUACAGUAUGAUCUGACAGUGAGGGACAGCGAUGGAUCUGUAGUCCAGUUCCUGUAUGGUGAAGAUGGGCUUGAUAUCCCGAAGACACAGUUCCUGCAGCCCAGGCAGUUUCCCUUCAUAGAGGACAAUUUUGAGGUAAUACGGAAGUCCCAGGGCUUGGAUGAGGUGUUAGCACAGUUGGACCCUCAAGGUGCCAGUCAACAUUUUUCAGCCAUACAGCGCUGGAAAGCAAAGAGAGAGGUGGCUUGUCCUCACAGAGGAGCAUUCCUAUUGUUUUCCCAAAAGAAGAUGGCCAAACUAAAGCGGACUGAACAAGGCGCAAUACAAAAUGUGUGUGGCAGAGAUGCAGCUGUUCUGAAGCUGAUAGAACAGUGGCGUGCUCUUGACGAAGCUGGACAAUCAAAAUACACAAGAAAAUCCUCCCGCUGCCCUGAGCCCUGCCUGAGCGUGUUUAGGCCUGAUCUCAGCUUUGGAUCUGUUUCUGAAAGUUUUCACGACAUCACCGAGAAAUACUUGCAGAAUCGAGACACAAUAUGUCAACAAGGCUUGGAUGCGGACAGACUUCGACAGCUGUUGCAUUACAAGUGGCAACGGUCACUGUGUGAUCCAGGGGAAGCGGUGGGUCUGCUGGCAGCUCAGUCCAUCGGUGAGCCCUCUACCCAAAUGACCCUCAACACCUUCCACUUUGCUGGCAGGGGAGAGAUGAAUGUCACAUUGGGAAUACCUCGACUGAGAGAGAUCCUGAUGGUGGCCAGCUCCAACAUCAAAACUCCCAUGAUGAGUGUUCCAGUGCUGAACAGCAAGAAGGCAUUAAAGAGAGCUCAGAAACUCCGCAGAAAACUGACCAGGGUCUGCUUGGCUGAAGUACUGCACAAAGUCAAUGUGGUAGAGACACUGCGCAUCGAUCGUCUCCCUCAGUCAAAGAUGCGGACAUUCAAAAUCACUUUCAGCUUUCUUCAGCCUGACCAUUACGCUGGAGAUAAACAGCUCUCACCCCAACAGAUCCUCCAUUACAUGGAAACGAGAUUUUUUGAACUUCUCCUAAAAGCCAUUGAAAAACGCAGCGCCAAGCUGGCAUCUAUUGCUGUGGAGACCAGGAGGGCCACCCUCAAGGACAAAGACAAUGAUGGAAAUCAAGUGGCUGAUAUAGAAGGGGGGGGAGACGGGGAGGAAGAGCCAGAGAGAGAAAUUGUUGAUGACCAGGCGAAUGAAGGCGAUGCUGACGCCUCAGAUGCCAAGAGAAAAGACAAGCAAGAAGAGGAAGUCGAUUAUGAUAGCGAAGACGAAGGUGAGGAUAAGGACGAUGUGGAGGAGGAAGAUGAGGCGCAAGAGAAUGCGGAGAUGAGUGUGGAGGACUCCCAAAUGGAGUCCAUGGGUGUGAAAUUGCAGAUGCGAAAGAAACAACCACCAAGUGGGGGAGGACAGGAGUCUCUCGAUCAGAUGAGAGUGAACGCCGUUCUGAAUUGCCAUCCCGCAAUAGAGGGCUACUGCUAUGACCUCAAAUAUGAACUCUGGUGUGAAUUGGACCUGGCUUUGCCAGUGAACAAAGUGCACCUCGACCUGACGUCAGUUGUGUCAACACUGGCCCAAGACGCCAUCAUCAUGGAAACCAGGGGCCUAACUCGAUGCCUUCUGAGUGAGACCACAACUCAGACUGGAGAAAAAGAGAUGGUUCUCAACACGGAGGGCAUCAACAUGUACAAAAUGUUUGAGUACAGUGACAUCCUGGAUCUUAACAGGCUCUAUUCCAAUGAGGUCCAUGUCAUGGCGAACACCUACGGGAUUGAAGUGGCUCUCAAAGUCAUAGAGAAAGAAAUCAAAGAUGUUUUUGCUGUUUAUGGUAUCGAGGUGGAUCCCAGACAUUUGUCACUUGUGGCAGACUACAUGUGUUUUGAAGGGGUAUAUAAGCCACUGAACCGCCAUGCCAUUAGGUCCAAUUCCUCCCCUCUGCAGCAAAUGACUUUUGAGACCAGCUACAAAUUCCUCAAACAGGCUACCAUGCUGGGCUCUUGUGAUCAGCUCGUGUCGCCAUCAGCUUGCCUCGUGGUGGGGAAGGUGGUCAAAGGAGGAACAGGACUUUUUGAGCUCAAACAACCCCUGCAGUAGAGGAGACACUGCUUUGUGAAAUCAUUGUACACAUUUUGGAGAGUCAUGCUUUUCAUUGGAUAUCAUGACAAUAUUCAUGUUCUGGUUGCAUGAAAAAAAAAACUAUUAUUGACCUCACGUCUCAAGUACAUGAGACAGGGUUACCAUGACAUGUUUGGAUGAAACUAAAUUAAUGAAUACAUAAUUAGAAAUGUGUAUUAUCUAAUUAGCCUGAAUCACUAGAUUAAGGUGAAUUUAUACAGUGCAGUUUGUUACCCAAGAUGAAUGUUUUCUGACAGGCUCUGUUUUGUCUGUUAACAAUAAAUGUAAAAUAUACAUUU